AUGUAUUUACGAUUGUCAGGUAUUUCGAAUAUUUCUCAAUUAAUUUUCCCAAAUCAAGAGGUCAGAUGUGCAUUCGUGGUUUUAUUAAUGUCAGGAUAUUGGGUGACCGAGGCUAUUCCUGUACCUAUUACAUCUAUGAUGCCGGUUGUUCUCUUUCCAAUCUUUGGAAUAAUGACUACACUCGAGACCGUGUAUUGCUAUAUGAACGAUGCCAUAAUGAUUUUCAUGGGUGGCUUGAUCCUUGCGUUUGCGACGGAACAUUGCAACCUGCAUAUGAGAAUAGCUCUCAUGGUCAUGAACAUGCUUGGAUGUAGCCACACAAAACUUCUAGGUGGUCUCUGUACCGUAACCACUUUUAUAUCCAUGUGGAUCGCUAAUGCUGCUACCACGGCGAUGAUGGUGCCCAUUGUAUUUGCCGUUCUCUACGAAUUGGAAAGGCAAGGACUAGGAAAAGUAUUCCACGUUAAAAUAGAUCCAGAGGAACCCGAUGCCGAUCCUGAAUUGAAACCAACGAACGUGACGAAAGCUUAUUUUUUCGCGGCAGCAUACGCUUCAACGUUCGGGGGAACUGGAACUUUGGUCGGUACACCAACGAAUCUUGUCUUCAAAGGAAUCUUCGAAUACACAUUUCCCGAAGCAGAUCCAAUCACUUUCGGCGAUUGGACUGUCGCUUGUUUUCCUCAAAUGGCUCUCAAUUCCUUCGUUUUAUGGUUGCAUCUUCGAAUAGUUUAUCUCGGUUUUCUAAGACCAAAGAGUAAGGAUGCCGAAGCUGCGAGAAUUGGUCCGGAAGGCGAGAAAGUAGCUAAUCGAGUGAUCAAAGAAAAACUGAAACAAAUAGGUCCCAUGUCCUUCCACGAGAUCGCUGUAUCGAUACUAUUUUUAACGUGUAUAGUUCUAUGGAUAUUCAGAGCUCCUGGAUUUAUUACAGGCUGGGCAGACCUUCUAUCAGACGUGUAAGAAUUGUUUGUAAAGAAAUAUCAAAGACCGUCAGGUUAUAUCACAACAUUAUGUAUUGAAAGACAAUUAAUUAGUUUUGUUUAAAUAGGUGAGAAAAGGCCAUGGGGUCCUUCCGAAGGUUUAAUAACUUGGAACCUGAUUAAACGAAAGAUGCCGUGGAGAUUGGUUUUUCUUCUAGGUGGUGGAUUUGCCAUUUCAAAGGCUAGCAAUCAAUCCUGUCUGGCUGUGAGACUAGGUCGAUUCUUGUUACCGUUACAAACUUUACACCCUCUGCCGUUAUUGGCAGUCGUUUUGUUAUUCGUUGGUACUCUAACGGAAGUGACCUCAAACGUAGGAACUGGAAAUAUUGUUAUACCGAUAAUAGCACACAUGGAAAUCAGAUGUGCUUACGUUAUAAUAAUAAUGGCUGGAUAUUGGAUAUCAGAAGUAUUUCCCAUGGCAGUCACUGCAAUGUUACCUGUCGUUCUCUUCCCCUUUCUUGGUUUACUUAGUACAGCUGAAACAUGUACCUGUUACAUGAACGAUACUAUUAUGGUCUUCAUAGGUGGCUUGAUACUCGCUGUAGCGAUCGAACAUUCCCAAUUGCAUCUCAGAAUCGCCCUUGGUGUAAUGAAAAUGGUCGGUUGUAGUCAUGCCCGACUACUUGGUGGUCUUUGUGUAGUCACUACCUUGAUAUCCAUGUGGGUUUCGAACACAGCUGCGACGGCUAUGAUGUUACCUAUUAUCUUCGCCAUCCUCCAAGAAUUGGAAGAGGCUGGAUUUGGUAAGGUGUUCCUAACGGAGCCUAACCCAGAAAAUCCCAAUGAACAAAUAUUGAAACCCUCAAAGAUUACAGUGGGUUAUCUUUUAUGUAUCGCAUAUUCUUCCACUUUCGGUGGGACGGGAACUCUCGUUGGUACCGGAACGAAUCUUACAUUCAAAGGAAUUUAUGAGAGCACCUUCCCUUCUUCCAAUGGUAUCAAUUUCACCGACUGGAUGAUAGCUUCCUUUCCACAAAUGAUCAUCAAUUCGUUUCUCACCUGGAUCUACAUCCGAAUAGCAUAUUUGGGAUACUUAAGACCAAAAAGUAAGGAUGCUUUGGCAGCUACAAUAGGCAAAGAAGGCGAAGAAAUCGCGAACAAUGUCGUUAGAACACGAUAUACAAAUUUAGGUCCUGUGUCGUUUCACGAAAUCGGAGUUGCUACAUUAUUUUUAAUGUGUAUUUUCUUAUGGAUAUUUAGAAAACCUGGCUUUAUGCGUGGAUGGUCCGAAGUUAUAACAGAUAUAGAAAUAAAAGAUUCUACACCAGUUAUAUUUGCUUCGAUUCUUAUGUUUUUCAUACCAAAAGAUCCUGCUUUCAUUUAUUCCUGGAGCAAAGAUCCUGCCAAAAGACCGAUCAAAUCAUCGGAGGGUUUGAUAACUUGGAAAGUUAUUGAAACUAAAAUGCCAUGGAGCUUGAUAUUUUUACUGGGUGGCGGUUUUGCUAUUGCUAAAGGAAGUAUUCAUUCUUGCUUAACCCAAAAAGUCGGUCAUAUUCUUGAACCACUUCGACAUUUACCAUCUAUUAUUGUAAUGGCAUUCGUUUGUUUCUUCAUCGGCAUAAUUACAGAAUUUACGUCUAACGUGGGCAUUGCCAAUAUAACAUUACCAGUUAUUGCUCAAAUGUCUAUAGCCAUGGAACUACAUCCGAUGUACUUAAUGAUACCAGCUACGUUUAUGUGCUCAUUUUCAUUUCGACUACCAGUUGGUACUCCACCAAAUGCUCUCAUAACAGUCGCAGGUCAUAUUCCAACUAAAUGGUUAAUUCUCGGAGGAUGUAUGCCUUCUUUUUAUAGUUUAUUAGUUGUACUUAUUUUAUUUUCAACAUGGGGAGCCUACAUCUUCGAUAUCAAUCAAUUUCCUGCUUGGGCGGCAGAUAUUCGAGCAAACGAAGAUAAUAAAUGUAGUUAAUCUUUUUUAUGUAUUGGUAAUAUAUAUAAACGAAAACAUAUAUAUUAACUUUCAAUAAAAAUUAAUAAAUUUAACGCGGCAAUUUGUUU